AUGGAGAUACUCAGAGAAACCGUUGCUAGCAUAGGUGCUAUAGACGAAAAUGGUCGCACAGCAUUACACAGAGCUGUUGAAUCUAACAAUGUUAGUGUAGUUCAGGAACUUAUUGAGAGUGGGGCUACAGUAGAUGUUCAUGACAAUAAAAAAUGCACUCCUUUGCAUCUUGCAACAAUUAAGGGAUAUAUUCCGAUAAUGAAAACGCUUAUUCAAGCAAAUGCAGGUAUAUAUAACAUUGAUACUUAUGGCAAUAUGGGUGCUCAUGAUGCAGCAUUUGGUGGGAAAUGUGAUGUCAUCACUGUUAUGCUAGAGUCGGGGUUUGAUGUAAACUGCAAAAAUAAAAAAGGAAAUACAAUGCUUCAUUUAGCGGCUUUAGAAGGUCACAGAGAAUUAGUGCAACUCUUGAUCAGUAAAGGGGCAAAUGUCAAUGAAAAAUGCGACAUGGGUCACACACCAUUACAUCACGCUGUUGAAUCUAACAAUGUUAUUGUAGUUCAGGAACUCAUUGAGAGUGGGGCUACAGUAGAUGUUCAUGACAAUAAACAAUGCACUCCUUUGCAUCUUGCAACAAUCAAGGGAUAUAUUCCGAUAAUGAAAACUCUUAUUCAAGCAAAUGCAGGUAUAUAUGACAUUGAUACUUAUGGCAAUAUGGGUGCUCAUGAUGCAGCAUUUCGUGGGAAAUGUGAUGUCAUCACAGUUCUGUUAGAGUCAGGGUUUGAUGUAAACUGCAAAACUAAGGAAGGAAAUACAAUGCUUCAUUUAGCGGCUUGCAAAGGUCACAGUGAAUUAGUGCAACUCUUGAUCAGUAAAGGGGCAAAUGUCAAUGACAAAGGCAACAUGGGUCGCGCACCAAUACACAGAGCUGUCGAAUCUAACGAUGUUGGCAUAGUUCAGGAACUCAUUGAGAGUGGGGCUACAGUAGAUAUUCAUGACACUCAACAAUGCACUCCUUUGCAUCUUGCAACAUAUUGGGGCUAUAUUCCAAUAAUGAAAACUCUUAUUCAAGCACAUACUGAUAUUUAUAGUACUGACAUAUGUGGCGACAUGGCUGCUCAUGUUGCAGCUAAAUAUGGAAAAAAAGAUUCUUUAGAGUAUCUUUUAGGAUUAGGGUUUGAUGUAAAAUGCAAAACCAAAAGAGGAAACACAUUGCUUAAUUUAGCCACCUCGAAAGAUCACAGAGAAUUAGUGCAACUCUUGAUCAGCAAAGGAGCAAAUAUAAGUGACCAAGGUUGUUAUGGUUACACGGCAUUACAUACAGCUGUUCAGUCUAACCAUGUUAGUUUAGUUCAAUACCUCAUUGAGCUUGGAGCUGAGGUAGAUGCUGAAAACGGUAUGCUACAAACUCCUUUGCAUAUUGCAGCAAUGAUGGGGCAUAUGCCCCCACUGAAAACACUAAUUCAACAAAAUGCUUAUAUUUAUAGAAUCGAUAUGUGCGCUAAUACAUGUGCUCAUGAUGCAGCCUUUAAAGGGAGAUGUGAUGUUAUAGAGAAUAUGAUAAAGUCGGGGUUAGAUGUAAACUACCCAACCAAAAUAGGAAUUACAUUGCUUCAAUUAGCGGCUUAUAAAGGUCACCUUGAAUUGGUGAAACUCUUGAUCAGUAAAGGGGCAAAUGUGAAUGACAAAGACAUACAUGGUUAUACAGCAUUAGAUGCAGCUGAAGAAUCGAACAAUGACAGUAUAGUUCAAUACCUCACUGAAUCUGGGGCUACGGCAGAUGAUCAUAAGAAUAAACCACCCGCUCAGCAUCUUGCGGAAUUUAGAGGAGACAUUGUAGUAUGGCAAUCACUCAAACAGGAUAAUACAGAUAUAUAUAAUUUACCAAAUUAUGGCGAUAUGGGACCUCAUGCAGCAACUAUUCACGGCAAAUAUAAGACAAUUGAGUUUAUGAUAGAGUCAGGAUGUGAUGUAAACUGCAAAAAUAAAGGAGAUACAAUGCUUCAUUUAGCAGCUUGGAAAGGUCACAGAGAAUUAGUGAAACUCUUGAUCAAUAAAGGGGCAAAUGUCAAUAACAAAAACAACAAUGGUCACACACCAUUACAUUACGCUGUUCAAUCUAACAAUGUUGGUGUAGUUCAGGAACUCAUUGAGAGUGGGGCUGCAGUAGAUGUUCAUGACAAUCAACAAAGCACUCCUUUGCAUCAUGCAACAGUUAAGGGAUAUAUUCUGAUAAUGAAAACUCUUAUUCAAGCAAAAGCUGAAAUAUACUACGAAAAUGAAACUUAUAAAGAUAUGGGUGAUCAUAAUGCAGCAUUGGGUGGGAAAUGUGAUGUCAUUAAUGUUCUGUUAGAGUCGGGGUUUGAUGUAAACUGCAAAACUAAAGAAGGAAAUACAAUGCUUCAUUUAGCAGCUUGGAAAGGUCACAGAGAAUUAGUGAAACUCUUGAUCAGUAAAGGGGCAAAUGUCAAUGACAAAAACAACAAUGGUUGGACAGCAUUACAUGCAGCCGUUGCAUCUAACAAUGUUAGUUUAGUUCAGGAACUCACUGAGAGUGGGGCUACAUUAGAUGUUCAUGACAAUCAACAAUGGACUCCUUUGCAUCUUGCAACAUAUUUGGGAUAUAUUCCGAUAAUAAAAACUCUUAUUCAAGUAAAUGCAGAUAUAUAUAAUUUUAAUACUUGUGGCAAUAUGGGUGCUCAUAAUGCAGGAAUUGAUGGGGAAUGUGAUGUCAUCACAGUUCUGUUAGAGUCAGGGUUUGAUGUAAACUGCAAAAAUAAAAUAGGAAAUACAAUGCUUGAUAUAGCAGCUUCAAAAGGACACAGAGAAUUAGUGCAACUCUUGAUCAGUAAAGGGGCAAAUGUCAAUGACAAAGGCAACAUGGGUCGCACACCAUUACAUGCAGCCGUUGCAUCUAACAAUGUUAGUUUAGUUCAGGAACUCAUUGAGAGUGGGGCUACAGUAGAUGCUCAUGACAAUCAAAAAUGCACUCCUUUGCACCAUGCAACUUAUUUGGGAUAUAUUCCAAUAAUGAGAACUCUUAUUCAAGCAAAUGCAGAUAUAUAUGACAUUAAUACUUACGGCAAUAUGGGUGCUCAUGAUGCAGCAGUGGGUGGGAAAUGUGAUGUCAUCACAGUUAUGUUAGAGUCAGGGUUUGAUGUAAACUGCAAAUCUAAAGAAGGAUGUACAAUGCUUCAUUUAGCGGCUUGCAAAGGUCACAGUGAAUUAGUGCAACUCUUGAUCAGUAAAGGGGCAAAUGUCAAUGACAAAGGCACCAUGGAUCGCACACCAUUACAUGCAGCUGUUGAAUCUAACAAUGCUAGUGUAGUUCAGGAACUCAUUGAGAGUGGGGCUACAGUAGAUGUUCAUGACAAUCAACAAUGGACUCCUUUGCAUCUUGCAACAUCUUUGGGAUAUAUUCCGAUAAUGAAAACUCUUAUUCAAGCAGAUGCAGAUAUAUAUGACAUUGAUACUUAUGGCAAUAUGGGUGCUCAUGAUGCAGCAUUUCGUGGGAAAUGUGAUGCCAUUAAUGUUAUGUUAGAGUCGGGGUUUGAUGUGAACUGCAAAAAUAAAAAAGGAAAUACAAUGCUUCAUUUAGCGGCUUGGAAAGGUCACAGAGAAUUAGUGCAACUCUUGAUCAGUAAAGGGGCAAAUGUCAAUGACAAAAGCGACAUGGGUCACACACCAUUACAUGCAGCUGUUGAAUCUAACAAUGUUAGUGUAGUUCAGGAACUCAUUGAGAGUGGGGCUACAGUAGAUGUUCAUGACAAUCAACAAUGCACUCCUUUGCAUCUUGCAACAAUUAAGGGAUAUAUUCCGAUAAUGAAAACUCUUAUUCAAGCAAAUGCAGAUAUAUAUGACACUGAUACUUAUGGCAAUAUGGGUGCUCAUGAUGCAGCAUUGGAUGGGAAAUGCGAUGUCAUAACAGUUAUGUUAGAGUCGGGGUUUGAUGUAAACUGCAAAACUAAAGAAGGAAAUACAAUGCUUCAUUUAGCGGCAUUAGAAGGUCACAGAGAAUUAGUGCAACUUUUGAUCAGUAAAGGGGCAAAUGUUAAUGACAAAGGCAACAUGGGUCGCACACCAUUACAUCACGCUGUUGAAUCUAACGAUAUUAGUGUAGUUCAGGAACUCAUUGAGAGUGGGGCUACAGUAGAUUUUCAUGACAAUCAACAAUGCGCUCCUUUGCACCAUGCAACAUAUUUGGGAUAUAUUCCGAUGAUGAAAACUCUUAUUCAAGCAAAUGCAGAUAUAUAUAACAUUGCUACUUAUGGCAAUAUGUGUGCUCAUGAUGCAGCAUUGGGUGGGAAAUGUGAUGUCAUCACAGUUCUGAUAGAGUCGGGGUUUGAUGUAAACUGCAAAAAUAAAAAAGGAAAUACAAUGCUUCAUUUAGCAGCUUUAAAAGGUCACAGAGAAUUAGUGCAACUUUUGAUCAGUAAAGGGGCAAAUGUUAAUGACAAAAGCAACAUGGGUCACACACCAUUACAUCACGCUGUUGAAUCUAACGAUGUUAGUGUAGUAGAGGAACUCAUUGAGAGUGGAGCUACAGUAGAUGUUCAUGACAAUGAACAAUGCACUCCUUUGCAUUUUGCAACAAUUAGGGGAUAUAUUCCAAUAAUGAAAACUCUUAUUCAAGCAAAUGCAGACAUAUAUGACAUUAAUACUUAUGGCAAUAUGGGUGCUCAUGAUGCAGCAGUGGGUGGGAAAUGUGAUGUCAUUAAUGUUAUGUUAGAGUCGGGGUUUGAUGUAAACUGCAAAAAUAAAAAAGGAAAUACAAUGCUUCAUUUAGCGGCUUGCAAAGGUCACAGUGAAUUAGUGCAACUCUUGAUCAGUAAAGGGGCAAAUGUCAAUGACAAAGACAACGAAGGUCGCACAGCAUUAAAUGUAGCUGUUACACCUAACAAUGUUAGUUUAGUUCAGGAACUCACUGAGAGUGGGGCUACAGAAGAUGUUUGA